UUGGACAUAAGCCGGCCGCAUGCUUUCCGCAGCGGCCGGGGGGCUCCCCCCCUCCUUCCCUUCUCCAACCUCCAAGGAUUUGUAGCCAAUUGCGUUUGCGUAAAAUUGUUGGAAUUUUGGAAUUGUACUUGCCACCCACUCACUCUCCCAUGGACAUAUGGCGAUGAGCAGCCAAAUUGACUGAUUUGACAUGAAUGCACAAACAGAAAUUGAGCCGCUAAACAUGGAGUGCUCCUCUGACCCUCCCUUCCACCGGACCUACAAGAACCUAUUCAACACCUCCUCCGAUGAUUCCCGGAGCGGCAGCGAUGACGAGCUGGUUGUCGUCGAGGAACGCGAGCUUCCACUAAUUGAUCUGAGUCGGUUGUGCAUGGAAGAAGAAAGAGAAGGGUGCGAGAGAGAAAUAGUUAGGGCAUCCGAAGAGUGGGGUUUUUUUCAAGUUGUUAACCAUGGAAUUUCCAGAGACAUAUUGGAGAGGAUUAGGGAGGAGCAAGUUAAGGUUUUCAAUCAACCUUUCGACAAGAAGUGCAAGGAAGACAAGUACAUGAAUCUCUCUGCCGGAAGUUACCGUUGGGGGACACCGACGGCUACUUGCCUGAAGCAGUUAUCGUGGUCGGAAGCCUUUCACAUUCCCAUGACCGAUAUUUCCGGUGCUGCCGGAGUCAACAAAACUACCUUCAGUUCAACGGUGGAACAGUUUGCUACAACAGUUGCAGGACUUGCCCAAAAAUUAGCAGAAAUCCUAGCUGAGAAGUUGGGUCACAAGUCGACUUUCUUCCAAGAGAAUUGCUUGCCAAGUACUUGCUAUCUUCGGAUGAACAGAUACCCACCAUGUCCAAUCCCUGUUGAGGUAUUUGGUCUAAUGCCACAUACAGAUAGUGACUUCCUAACCAUAUUGUGUCAAGAUGAGGUUGGAGGAUUGCAAUUGGUGAAAGAUGGAAAAUGGAUUGCGGUUAAACCUAACCCUGAAGCCCUCAUCAUCAACAUUGGAGACUUAUUUCAGGCAUGGAGCAACGAUGUUUAUAGAAGUGUGAAACAUAGAGUGGUGGCCAAUCCAUGGAGGGAAAGGUUUUCCAUUGCAUAUUUCUUGUGUCCUUCAUAUGAGACAGUGAUUCAGAGUUGCUCUCAACCAGCAAUUUAUAGGAAGUUUAGCUUUAAAGAAUACAGACAGAAAGUUCAAGAGGAUGUUCAAAAAUAUGGCUAUAAAGUAGGACUCCCAAGGUUUCAAAUGAAUUGUAUAGGGUGAAUAUCACGCUAGCUAGUUACCUCAACAUUGUACUUAAAUACAUUUGUGUUUCAAAGAAAAAAAAAAUAUUAUAGAGAGUAAGCUAAUUAGUUAGUUAAAAAAAAAAAAAAGAAAGAAAGAAAAAUGUUAUAUACAUAGUAGUUUUGAGCUUGUAUAAAAGCACUUUUGACCUAACUAGAGCUUUUGUGAAGUGCUUUUAAGUAAAGUGAGAUAUCAUUUCAACCACUUAAAAGACUUAGUAGUAAAGAUCCUUAAUUUGAAUCAUAGACAUAUAAAUAAGUAGGUAAAGG